AGUGCCUUUACGCACAAGCUCUCGUCCAUCUAAAGCUACGGUCGGAAGACUUGGAAUUAAUUACUGCGCGGUGGGAUGGCAGAGGAAAUCCUCAACGAUUCCUUCCCAGAUCUGAAAGAAGUGGAAAAUAAGGUUGGCAGGAAAACACCGGAAAGUCUUCUGAUUUGGAUGAGGGAUGCUGCGGACUGCGAAAAUGGUUGGAGGUCUGAUGUGGUCGACAGGGGAGACCGCAGCUCUGCCUUCGCCGGUAGCUUUUCCGACAAAAUAACCAACUUAAAACAAGACAUGAGGUGGUUGCGUUCUGCCGAUGUGAGGAUCCUGCGCCAGCUGGUGGCGGUGCACGAGGGUAUCGAGGCCAUGCGUUGGCUGAUGGAGGAGCGGGGUGCCCUAGCCAGCCAUGGCAGCAGCUUAACAGGCAGCCUGAGCAGCCUGGUGACUGUGGAGGAGCAAGGGCCCUCAAUGUCCCCCUGCAGAGGAAGCCAGAGUCCAACUCAGGAUUUGACUGAAACCGCCUCUGGUGAGGAAUCAGCAGAUCACCCACCGCACGCCGGGGAUGGUGAUUCAAACCACAAGAGCUACUUUGACAUGCUAAUCCCCGAGUCUACCGAUGCAAGACCCUCUCGUCCUUCCAGGCAUGGGGAGCCAUCAUCUAGUCCUGCCAGCGGUUUGGUUAGUGCCAAAUUACAAAAGUCACAACCACAGGACUCAGGUGUAGCUCCAUUAAAAGACAUCAAAGAUGGUGCUGACAGCAUCAGAAGAGCUCUUUUCAGAUCUAACAGGGCAAGAAGAGAAGUGAAAGCGGACACUGGUAGUUUUCCCCUCACUAAACAGUCAGGGGAGACACAGACAGAGCAUCAAACUCAGGAGACUUUCAGAUCCUCUCAGAACAAUAAGAUGGUAGAGGAAGAGAGUGUGCAUAAUAGAGAGAUGGCUUUGCUGGGCUAUGAUGCUCAGUGGUGCUGGGUGGAGUCACAGGACGAUGUGACGUUUCUAUGA